AUGGCGCCGCCAGAGUUCUUUGAUCAUCAGCUUUUUCGGCGUUGUGUUCAGUGUCCUCCAGACCCGCCUAGCUGUCCUGCAUGUGGCCCUGAUGAGACUUGUUCAUUAAAUGCUCAGUCAUGCGAUUCGUGCGCAUCAACAACCUGUGUCAAAAUCGGCUCUCUCCCCGGUCAAGCAGCUCCAAAAAAAUCUACGCCAAUCGGUCCCAUUGUUGGCGGCGUCGUAGGAGGUGUUGUGGUUCUUAUCGUUGCCAUCUAUUUGUUCUAUCGAUUCCGUAUCCGCAAAAAACGGCGAGUUGAGACUUGGGAUCCUCCAGAAAAAAGAGAUCAAUCUACACUCCGCCGGUCCGAUCGUCGAUCGGCCAGGUCUGCUCAUUCUAUUGCUUCGACGGUGCUUACACGAGCCUCCAACGUCAUUCAAAUCGCCUACAUUCCGGGAGUUACAGUUCGAUCACCACCCGAAUCCCCUGGACUUUUGGUGCCGCCUGUUCCUUCAAUUCCUGGCAGCGCCGCUUCUAACUCGGCCAACUCUACCCCUGAGCUAGAGCAACACUUCUUUAUGCCCAAAGAUCUGCGAGAUUCAACUUGGUCGGACGCUUCUUCCGUGGAUCCCCGAAUAAGUAUCGCACCUAGCCUGGCUCGAGAAAGCGUGGCUACAACAAUCUAUCGAAGUGACGCUACCGUUCCGCAAAUCCCGGCACAACAUGCAUUACGGGCCCAAGCGAAUAUUGUGAGUGUAAAGUCGGGCUCAAAUACCCCAGGAAGCUCCUCAACACCCAGUUCGAGAACUCCGCAAAUUCCCCAGGUUCCCAAACUUGGCGGCAGCAAUAGUUCGAUUGUGGCAAGGAAUGUUACUGCACGACCUAUCGAGGUAAAGAAAGUUAGCUCGGGAACCAAAAUCCCUACUCUCGCCAAUCUUGCCAAGGAAGGAGCCCAGAAAAGCACCCCUCAAGCAACAUCUGAAAAGAGUACUCCUAUUUUCGAUGACGAAAAGGAAGUGGUGGCUUCAUCUACUACUCCUACUACUACUACAACACGCAGCACAGUCAUGGAAGGACCCCUUGUCUCUCCUCUUACGAUACCAAAUCCGCCUUUUACUGCCAAUCAUUCCGCCAGAUCCUCGUCUGUGAGCGCUAUUCUGCCACCUGACACGCUGAAAGUGUCAAGUGGUCCAACUCACAGACAUACCAACAGCAAUGCUCUGAACGUCAUGAUUGAAGAUGCUAUCAACCGUGCUAGAGACCCUCAGCAUAUGGGCGUGACCAGCACCACCAGUCGCCCAGAGUUGGUAAAACAAGAUUCAGGGCCUUUUUCAGAUGCAAAUGAGAUUAAGGAAAAUAAAUCUUGA